AUGUCUGAGAUAACAGUAGGAUCCUACAUCUUCGAGCGCCUCAAGCAGCUCGGAGUCAAAUCAGUCUUCGGAGUACCAGGAGACUACGAACUCGCUCUCCUCGACCUAGUCCCCAAAGCAGGCCUCACCUGGCGCGGGAACCCCAACGAACUAAACGCCGGCUACGCAGCAGACGGCUACGCGCGAAUAAACGGCAUCGGCGCCGUGGUCACGACCUUCGGCCCAGGCGAGCUGUCCAAUAUGUGCGGCAUCGCGGGCGCGUACUGCGAGUUCGUGCCCGUGGUGCAUAUCGUGGGGUAUCCGACCGAGGCGGCGCAGCAUGGGAGGAAUAUUAUGCAUCAUUCGCUGGGGGAGGUUGGGGAUGGGAAGUUUGAUGUGUAUCAUGAGAUGGCGAGGCAUAUUACUUGUGCGAGUGUGGUGUUGCAUGAUGCGAAGACGGCGGCGAGUGAGAUUGAUAAGGUGCUUAAUGCAAUGCUUCUCUACUCUCAACCAGUAUACAUCGGCAUCCCAACCGAAGUCGCCCUCCAAUCAACCCCAUCCAUCAACCUCUCCUUCCCCCUCACCACCGCCCUCCCACCCAACAUCCCCGACCUCGAAACUCACGUCGUCUCCCUAAUCCGCGCCAAACUCGACGCAGCUUCAUCCCCCAUCAUAAUCGUUGACGGCGGAGCCAUCCGCCACAACGUGAUCCCCGAAACCGAAGCCCUGAUCAAGAAAACAGGAUUCGUCUACUUCGCCACCUCGAUGGGGAAAGGCGGCAUAACGGAGAAUUUGAAGACGUUUGGAGGCGUGUAUGGAGGGUCCGGGUCGUUGCCUGAGAUUAAGAAGGCGGUCGAGGGCGCGGAUUGUGUUUUGUGGGUUGGGAAUUAUCCUAGUGAUUUUAAUACGGGAGAGUUUACCGAGCAGGUUAAGGAGGAGGCUGUUGUUGAUUUUCAGCGGUUUUAUGUUAAAUUUGCGGGGGUGAGGUAUGAUGUUAAGAUGAAAUACGUCCUGGAAGCACUCCUCUCGAAUCUUUCCUCUGAACCACUAUCCACUAAAUCCCACACCCUAUCCUGGACCCCAUACGCCGCACCCUCUUCCCGUCCUUCACACCUAACGCAAGAUUACCUCUGGGCUACCCUCGGGCCCUACUUCCGCUCCAACGACCUCGUGAUCGCCGAAACCGGUACGUCCGCCUUCGGCAUCCCCUCCUCCAGUAUCCAGCACGGUGACAACAUCAAGAUGUUCAACCAAACGAUCUUCGGCAGCAUUGGCUUCGCAACCGCUGCUGCCGUCGGUGCUUUCGUGGCCGGGAAGGAGAACGGGAGUGUCGAGCGGGGCAUCCUGGUUACUGGGGAGGGCAGUCUGCAGCUGACUGUGCAGGCGUUUUCGGAUUUGUUGAGGCAUGAAGUUAGGGCUACUAUUUUCCUGCUUAACAACGGCGGGUACACUGUUGAGCGUCUGAUUCAUGGGAUGAAAGCCCCGUACAACGAUGUCCCGAAUUGGGAUUAUGGUGCCUUGCUCCAAGCUUUUGGACCCAGUUUCAAAACAAAGCAUUUCCUGGUCAAGACUCCGGAUGAGUUGGAUGCUGUGCUGGCUGAUGAAGAAUUCAACGAGGCGAAAUAUACACAAAUUGUGGAGUUGAUUUUGGAGCCGGAUGAUGCGCCGCAGUCGGUUGUUUUGACCACGGCUGCUAUUGAGGAGUUUAAUAGGAACAAAUAG